AAAUAUACUUUAAAAAUAAAAAAAUAUAAAAUAUUAAAAUUUAAGAAUACAGGAAUUUUCUAACAAUGAUCGAAAGCGUGGAAAUGGAAAGAAAUCCGGAAUUAUCACGAGAUGUACCAAAAUUACUAAAUGUAACAGAAAACGAUAGAUUUGAUGUAUUAAAACGUUACAAUGUGUCGUCUAAAGGAUUACAAGAUAUUAUUUAUUCAAUACAAGAAUGGUAUGAGAAACAACCACAUCUACCAAAAGGAAAAUUGGAUAAUCAUAUGAUAUUCCAACACUUGAUGCUAAAAGGUUUUAGCAUUGAAGAAGUAAAAGAUAAGAUUGAUAAUUGCGUAUCAGCAAAACGUAAGAUGCCGGAAAUAUUGCUGAACAGAGAUCCUCUGGAACCAAGAAUAAAUGAGUAUCUAAAAUUCGGAUUCCUAGUGGUACUGCCAAAGAAAACUCCGCGAAACCAUCGUGUCACUAUCUUCAGAAUAAAGCAGCCUAUUGAUUUGGUUGCAUCGGAUGUCGUCAAAAUAGCUUCAAUGUUUUUGGCGUAUCGCAUGUACAAUGAUUCAUCACUUGGCGAACAAUGGAUAUUUGACCUGACAAAUGUAUCAUUUCAUAAUUCCGUACAAAUGACACCAGCUCUUCUCACAAAACUUAUCUUUUACUUACGGUUUUGUUACGGUGCAAAGAUAAAAGGGAUACAUUUCGUGAACAUGCCAUCAUUUAUAAUACCCAUAAUAAACAUAUUGAAGAAAUUAAUGAAACCGAAAGUUGCUAAAAGAAUUUAUGUAUACAGCAGCUUCAAUGACCUUAAUAAUUUGAUUUCCAAAACUAUUUUGCCAAAAGAAUACGGAGGUGAUGAAAUAACUUGCGAUGAAAUUACAGAGAAUUGGAGAAAAGCAUUACAAUCAGAUGCUUGGAUUGAAUACUUUGCUGAAGAAGACAAAGUAAUGAGCGAUGAAGCACUAAGGACAAGAAUUUUGAAUUCCGACGAUUUCUUUGGCCUUGAAGGUUCUUUUAGGAAACUCGAAGUUGACUGAAUAUGAAAUGGAUUUUGAUUGAACAUUACGAUUGGAAAUUUUGAGGCAAUAACAAAUUUAAUGAAG